CAUGCUCAGAUUUAUUAAUGGCUGCGCCCAUAGGAGGAAGAAAUAUUUUUAAUAAAAUUGCUGCAGAAAUAACUUAACAAGAAACAUAAACACUUAGAAUAAUGUCUAAAGGAAGAGUGGCAAAUGGAUCCGUCAAUACACCAAACAGACUUGACUUGCAGGCAGAGCCAACACCAUGCUGGACAGAUGAUCUGCCAGUGUGCCAUCAUUCUGGUGUAGGUUUCUCAACUAAUCAGAUAUACAGAGAAGAUGGCAAUAGAAGAGAAGAACAUGAAUUUGAGGACAAAAACUUCCACUUCAGUCAGGAUGGUGUAUGUUUAUAUGGUGUAUUUGAUGGACAUGAUGGAUCUCGUGCUUCCAACUUUGCUGCUCAGAGGAUGCCAGCCGAGCUGUUAUUAGGUCAGCUAUCAGGAAAAACAACAGAUGAAGAAAUUAAAGAAGUGCUAUACCAGGCAUUUGUUGAGGUAGAGAAAAGUUUUUUUGAAUCAAUAGAUGAGCAGUUGGUUGCCAGGACAACAUUACAAUUACAGCUUCCUGAGGGGAUAAGUUACCAUGAGGCUUGCCAGCAGUAUCCCGACAUUAUCAGUAAACUUCAUGCUCUUGACAAGGAAAUCUCUGGUGGUACUACUGGAACAGUCGUGCUUAUAUACAAUAAUAAACUUUAUGUUGCCAAUGUUGGUGACACAAGAGCAUUGUUGGUACAAACAGAUGCUGGUGGAAUCAUGAGUGUACGACAACUUACAGUAGAUCACACCAUAGAUUCUGAACAGGAACAAGUACGACUUCGUACACUAGGACUUGAUGUUGACAAACUAUUCCAGUUGAGGAAAAUUGGAACCUCAGAUUGUACAAGAUGUAUAGGAGACUUUCAUACAAAGGGUGGAUAUAAAGAUAUUGAUAUACUUAGCCAAGCAGUGAGAGAACCUGUGAUAGCAGAGCCCCAUGUAUCAGAUGGUUACCCUAUAGACAGUUGUAGCAGUUUCUUGUUGAUCAUGUCAGAUGGUUUAUAUCAUGCACUACAAGAUGCUACAGAAACAGCCAGGGUGAAUACUGAAGUUGCCCAGAUGGUUGCAGUAGAGUUUAAUGUUCAGUCCACGCUGAAUGGUGUGGCACAAGCUUGUGUUGAUAAAGUUGUUAGAAUACAUCAUGAUAGUUUCAUGAUGGGAACACCUGAUGUGAAAGCAAGGUGUCAUAAAAGAGGGGAUAUUACACUGCUGGUCAGGAACUUUAAUUACAUAUUGCCAAAUGCCAUAGGUACACCAACUGGUGGUAGCCGGUUUUUACCUGUAUCAGUGCCUUAUUAUCCAUCUACACGCCCUGCUGUACCGCCAUCUAUCUCAAUACCAGAUUCAACUCCUUUGACAUUUGGAAACGAAGGUAUUCAAGAUGAGGCUACUACUCCAGUUGCUUCAGAUCCGAGUCCGUCUAGAAGUCCGGGAGAAAGUAGUCUCCUUGACACAAAUCGUGAACAAACACGAGACUCUCAGGCCAGUACAGAGACAUACAGUACAACAAACUCUACACAAAGUAGUGAGGAAACUAGAUUUCCUAGUCGCUUUUAUAAACGUGAAAAACUAAUCCUAGAUGAGAAUGGACGUGUCGAAGCAUACGUUGAUUUCUCUGAUUUUUAUCGUGCAAUUGAAGCAAUGACAGAGUCACAGAGAGAAACUUUAAAUAACGAGACUAAACCUAAAUCUGGUUAUGAAACAAUAGUUGAGGAACCUACAGGUGCUGCUUCAAGUCCUACUGUUGCCUCACAACCAUUGCCUGGAACAUCUACUGAUACUUGAACAGUCAUUAUGUCAUCUUUAGUACCGAUACUUGAACAGAAGUCAUUAUGUUAUCUUUAGUUUACUCCGACUGCUUAUUCAUGCUUUACAUAUCUAUGUAAAGGCAGAUAUAUACUGGUACUGUGUACUGUACUGUUCUGUAAGGCAACUGGCAAAAUGUUUAGUGACACAUUGUCAGUGUCAUUAAAGAACAUAAUACAUGUAUUAUUUUGUGUUUUUAUAACAUAACUUUGUAUUAGAAUCAGUUGUUAAGCUUAAAAGCAUUUUCAAUAUUAAUUUUUUUAACUUUUUUAAGCUGUGAAAUAUUGCUUUUUUAAGCUGUUAUAAGUUGUUUUUUUUAUAUGUAAUUUAUAAGCAAUAGAUUAUAUUCAAGAGAGUAAAUAGUUCUGUAAUAUAAAUGAUAUACUGAAACAAAAAAGAAACUUUCUCCAAGUUUGAAUGUAGAUAUGUUAGUACAGUUUUUCAAUCCUUUUGAAACUCGAUUUUUACGUUGAAUAAACAUAUUGGGCUUUUAUACAGGGAUUAGUUGACCGAUUUUGCAAACAAAACGAGUUUUACAAGCUACUACAUGUAUAUAAGUGUGUACAUCUAAGUGGUACCCUUGAACAACUGGCACAUACUUUGGGAAAGUUUUUUUGGUUCAGUAUAUAUGCAUUUGCAAAAGUAAGAGUGAUUAAUGGCUGAAACUUGUGAUACAUGAAAGAAUUAAUAAAUUAAUUUCAAACUUGAAAGAAGCAAGAUCUUGUUAUAAAAAUAUUUAACAGAAAAUGUUCAGAAACUUUUUUUUCUCUAAAAUUAAGUCUCUAUUAAAAUUACAAAAGAUAAGUUGUUUCAUUCACAGCAACUCUCAGGUUUUAAAAGGUUAUAAGGAUUUGAGAGGUCUAACUUUUGUUGCACCACAAUACACGAGUAAUUUAAUGUCAUUCAUUUAUAGUUAUUAUUGUUACAAAAGUACUUUGUUCCAACUUUUUUUUAAUUACAUAUAAUAAUUUUCAAUAGUGUGACGGGUGAAAAUUAAAGAACUAUUUUAACAUUGUAAUAAAUCUGUUUUUAACAAUGAGAGAUAUCGAGUGGCUAAAUGAGUUGAAGUUGAAUAAAAUAUAAUGCAAGCCUUUGGGGAGCACAAUAUUGUUUUGUUCAACUCUUUCAGUAUUGAAUACAUGAAUAUGAUAUUCUAUUAAUCACAUACCUAAAUAAAACAGUUUAGUUAAAAGAAAAAUCUUUUUUACAUCAACACACCGAUAACGUAACCAUAACAUUAGCAAGCUUUUUGCUGUGUUUGUAUGACGCUUAUAAAUAUGUCCCAUUGCGUUGUUAUUGCACUAUUAUUGUGUGAUUGUUUCAUUGAAUGGCUUAUUAAACUCCUGCACCAUAGUUUAUGUGAUAUUAGUAGAUAACCCCAGUGUUUUUCUUAUGUUUUAAUAAUAAAGAUAUAAACUAUGAAUUAGACUUACAUGUGAGAACGCGAGACGUUUUAUAAUAAAUCUUAUAUAACAAAGAAUAUUAAACAAGCAAUUAAGUCAUUUCUU